UUUUUCCCUCUCACGUUCAAGUUUCUUAAACCUUCAAGAUUUUGUGCUCUUUCCUUGUUCAUAUAAAAUAGAAAUCAUGUGUAACGGUUCAAAUAGAAACCCUUCUCAAACAGGUUUGAUUAGGGAACAUGAAUAUAGAAGACAAGAAGAACUUCAUCAUAUGAUUUCUGCAUUGCUUGAGUUUUCAGCCAAAGAUGAUGUAAUAGCUUUCAAAGAUGCGGUUGAAAAAGACGGUUGUGAUGUCGAUGAGGUAGGGUUAUGGUAUGGAAGGAGGGUUGGCUCAAAGGAAAUGAGUUAUGAAGAAAGGACUCCUCUUAUGAUUGCUGCCUUAUUUGGAAGCAAGGGUGUGUUGUCUUAUAUUCUAGAAACUGGUCGUGUUGAUGUUAACCGAGCGUGUGGUUCGGAUGGUGCUACUGCUCUUCAUUGUGCUGUUUUUGGUUGUUCUGCUGAUUCUGUUGAGGUUAUCAAGCUUUUGCUUGAUGCAUCUGCAGAUGUUAGUUCUGUUGAUGCAAACGGUAAUAGGUGUAUUGAUUUGAUUGUUUUGGUUUCUAAUAGUAUCUUCGGUUCAAGGAAGAGGAUACUAGCCAUACUAGAAGGUGAAGAUGAUGUUGAUUAUGACGGCGAUGAUUGCCUUAAGGAAGCAGGUUUCCAAAUGGGUAAACUGCAACAAGAUUCAGGUUCACCUCAAAUCGAGAAGAAAGAUUAUCCGAUCGAUCCAUCGCUACCGGACAUAAAGAAUGCGAUAUAUAGUACAGAUGAAUUUAGGAUGUAUACAUUCAAAGUCAAGCCUUGUUCAAGGGCUUAUUCUCAUGAUUGGACCGAGUGCCCCUUUGCUCAUCCUGGGGAAAACGCAAAGCGCCGUGAUCCGAGGAAAUAUCAUUACACCUGUGUCCCUUGUCCUGAGUUUCGGAAGGGAUCAUGCACUAAAGGGGAUGCUUGUGAAUAUGCACAUGGUAUUUUUGAGAGCUGGCUUCAUCCUGCUCAAUAUAGAACGAGGCUAUGCAAAGAUGAAACUGAAUGCACAAGAAGGGUUUGCUUCUUUGCUCACAAACCCGAGGAGCUUCGUCCGGUGUACGCUUCUACCGGUUCUGCUUUGCCUUCACCUACAUCAUAUUCAAAUUCACCUAGUCCUUCUUCAAUGGAUUCUUUCACACUGAACUCUCCAUCUGCGGCGAUGCCCCCUUUGAAUCCGUCUGCAGUGUCUUCUCCUUUAGGCGGAACCAUGUGGCCGACUCAGUCUUAUGCUGCAAUCCCUACACUUCAAAUGCCGAAAACCAGAUUGAAUAAUGCACAUAAUGCUAGAGAUAAUAUUGAAUUGCUCGAACUUGAAAACUGCCUUAUGCGGAAGCUAAUGAUCGAAGAGAUGACAGGUCUUUCAUCUCCUUCAAAUAGGUUUUCAGGAGUGAAUCUUACUAACCAAGAAGACAUUUUCUUGUCUCCGAGACAAUCUCAAACACCAAUGCAGGUGCAUCAGAAUCUAAACCAGCAAAUGUGGGGCUAUCCUUCUGACAUUACCAAUUCAAAUGUGAUUGGAUCACCACAAUUCAAGGCUGAUCCAUCUACGAAUUCAAGAUAUGAUGCGUUUUCGAAGCGGAGCAAUAGCUUUAUUGAGCGCAGCAGCAGGUCGAGCUUUAAUUCUGAGUUUCCUUCUGCUACAUCAGUUGCUGCAUCGCCUUCAAACUUCUCCGGUUGGGGAUCCCCAGAUGGAAAAUUAGACUGGUCCGUUCGUGGCGAUGAACUCAACAAAAUGAGGAAAUCAUAUUCUUUAGUCUUUCAAAACACAAAUAGCUUUUCAACAAUGGCUGCACCAAAUGUUGAAGUUGAAGUUGAAGAUGAUCAGCAAUGCCAUAAUCAAGACGCGGUUCUCUCUUUGCCGGAGCAAUUGUACACGGACCUUGAGCAGAUGGUGAUGUGAAUCAAAUGUUAACACCUCUAGAAUAAUUUCUUUAUUAAAUACUUUAUUCCUUCAAUUUUAUUGAUAUUCAUUAUAUUUAUAAGUGACAUUUUAUAUAAAAAUGGUAAAAUGUCAAUAAUAGAAAAGUUAUAUAGAAUGCAAGUAUUUUGCAUCA